AUGACAAAUAUCGAAGAGCAGGCGUACCUUGAUCUGUGCCAGCGCAUCAUCAGCGAAGGAGAACACCGUCCAGAUCGUACUGGUACCGGUACUUACUCUAUUUUUGCCCCUCCGCAGCUGCGUUUCUCACUGAAAGACAACAAACUCCCUCUAUUGACAACCAAAAAGGUGUUUUUCAAAGGUAUCCUUCACGAACUUCUCUGGUUUAUUGCUGGAGAGACAGAUGCCAAGAAACUGACCGAGAAGGGCGUCAAAAUAUGGGAAGGAAAUGGAUCUAGAGAGUAUCUUGACUCGCUCGGCCUGACACACAGGCGGGAAGGAGAUCUCGGUCCAGUUUACGGCUUCCAAUGGAGACACUUUGGGGCAGAAUAUGUCGACGCCGAUACAGACUACACAGGCAAAGGUUACGAUCAGCUGGCCAAAAUCAUUGAUACUUUGAGAACCAACCCCUACGAUAGAAGAAUUAUUUUGAGCGCAUGGAAUCCUCCGGCUUUCAAGGACAUGGCUCUUCCACCAUGCCAUGUUUUCUGUCAGUUUUAUGUUAGUUUCCCCAAAAACUCCAAACCGCAGCUUAGUUGCAUCAUGUACCAGCGGUCCUGUGACAUGGGUCUCGGCGUUCCAUUUAAUAUAGCCUCCUACGCGCUUCUGACUCAUAUGAUCUCACAUGUCGUGAAUAUGGAGCCAGGAGAGUUUAUUCAUACCAUGGGCGACUCUCACGUGUAUUGCGAUCAUGUCGAUGCCCUCAAGGAACAGCUCAAGCGGACCCCACGUGCAUUUCCAACACUGAAUAUCAAUAGAAAAGUAACCUCCAUCGAUGAUUUCAGAUUUGAAGACUUUGAAGUGAAGGACUACGAACCAUAUGGUCCAAUUAAGAUGCAUAUGAGUGUGUAGCGCAUUAAUUAAUCUCCUCUAUACCUCUAGCUGUGCGACGGAAGCUCAUGCUUUUUCUACGCUGGCGAUUCAAGUUCUCUUGGUCGACAUUAACAGUGGUCUCCAUAAAAUCGAAAACUGAAUCUGCCGGGGUUUCCUCCCGAUUCUGCGAUUGAGCAAGCACAUUCAAAUCAACUUGCGACAAGGUUUCUCUUUGCGUUUUGCGGCUUCUUCUGACUCCUAUAAUGGUUGCACGCCGUGAUUUGGCGUCUGAAGAUUCUCCAAUAAUAGACUUCCGUCGCAGCUUGUGAACUGUGUGGUGAGGCGAAAAGGAUUUACGCUUGUUUGCACGAGUGGGCAUAGAGAGCGGGUCGACAUUGUCUUGGUAAAUUGUUGGGCGUUUUGGUUUCGGGAGAUCUUCCGGAGAUCGGCUCUGAAUUUCGAUGGCUUUCGUCUCUCUUCCUUUGGAUUGGGGAGGGGUUGCUAGAAGCUCAGGAGAGACAUUUGUGUCUGCAGGUGGACAAUGUGUCAACUGUUCACGCACAACCUCUCCAACAUCUGAAGGUCCAGAUAUAUCGACCAUCUCCUUAUGGGCAGCGUUUCCGGUGUCAACAGCAGCUGGUGUGCAGAGAUCAUUAACAACUGGGCGCUCCGGCUCAGGAGUCGAGAUCACGACAGGCGUUUGCGGGUCAAUGGUUUCUGCUCGUAUCGAAAGGCUUCUUCUCCGUCGUUUCCAACGUUCUGUGUUUUGCUGUUCUCGAUUUCUGAUUUCCUGUAUCUUUGCCUCUUUUAGUUCUCUUAGUCGGCUUUCGGCUAUAGUCUCACUAACUGAUAGUUCGCGGCGCAUGCGAUUUAUCUGUGAGAGUAUACUCUCAAACUUCUCUAUGACAUCUAUUUCCAGCGAGUCUAAACUUUUCCCAUAAUGAUCCCUCAUCUUGACCUCAGCAUUUCGUAGAGAAAGAUUUUCGCUCUGAGCAGAUGCCAAUUGGUCCUCCAACUUACUAAUUCUUGCCAUGAGCUCUGAAUUCUUAGUGGCUAACACUUUAUUCUGCUGAAGGAAGCGCCUUUUCACAAAAUCCAGUUCAAUGGAGUUCGUUGUGACUCCUGCAGUUGCUUGCGUUGUUGGCUUCGUAUUCCCAGAAAGAACCCGGGAUACGGCCGGAUUAUUAGCUAAACGAGCCAUGUUAGCAAAAC